AUGUUCGACGAUAUCCCAUCACCAGAGCUAGUCAUCGGCAUUGACUUCGGCAUGACAUGUACCGGUGUCGCAUUUUGUAAUGUACCAGCUGGAGAGCAAGCACCUCGUUGCAUUAACCAUUGGCCUGGAAGCGGACGAGAUGUGGUGAACAAGGUCCCAACUAUUCUCGUCUAUCCCAAGAAUUCCAGUACCCCUUCCUCGUGGGGUUUCUACUCGGAACAUCCCAACGAACAAAAUGCCGAAGGCAAGGACUGCAUGGAUUGGUUCAAAAUAUACCUGGACGAUGACAAGCUCCGCGGGGUGGCAAGAGAUCCAAUGAAUCAUGGACUAUUCCCAACAUCUAUGCAGGAAGUGGAAAAACUGUAUUGCGAUUUCCUGGGGUUUAUAUACCACACAAUUGAAAACGAAUUGAAGGGCGAACUGGGCAACACUUGGGAGGACGCAUGCAUUGAAUUUAUAUUCAGCGUGCCGACAACCUGGAAACCGGUCCCGACUGUCGAGCGCUUUAGGAAGAUCAUAAGACGAGCAGGCUUCGGCAGCCAUCCUAAUCAUCGGGCGGAAAUCGGGAUGACCGAGGCAGAGGCUGCUGCUGUGCACACCGCGCGAAGAUUUCCAACGUUAUUCAAGGCACGAAAGUUUCCUGGGUCCUCUACAGGCACCCAAAUCUAA